ACAAAAAAGCCCACGUUUCUGCAUCAACCUCCCACUCUCUUCUAUAAAUACUCCCAAGACCAAUUUCCAUAUCAAUAACCAAACAGAGAAACACAAAAAAUCAACAUGGAGACAAUUCAAUCAUGGGUUUCAAAACACAAACUCGCCACAAUUGGUGGACUUUGGGCAUCUGGAAUUGGAGCAACACUUGUAACAUAUUCACGUACAAAAUUUCCAUUGAAGCCAAGUCUUAGGCUAAUUCAUGCUAGAAUGCACGCUCAGGCGUUAACAUUGGCAGUAUUGUCCGGUGCGGCGGUUUAUCGGUAUUAUGAGAAUCGCGUUGUGGAGCCAAAGCAAGAGGCGGAGAAUAUUCAUGCUCCAAGUUUGAUCCAAAUGGAUGAGUGGGAGUUUAUUUGUCCUUAUUAAAUGCAAAAAUCUGUAAUCUUUUUUAUGGUGUUUAAUUUAAUAGAGCAAACAAAAGUAAGGAUAAAAUAGAAUGUUUUGUUGUUAUAUAUUUUGGUUGAUGUAAGUUGUAACACCCUUCUAAUACCCCGCAUAAAUAAUAAAUAAUAAUCAGAGUAAACAUGGAAAAGGGCAUUACAACUUCCAAAUAAUUAAGCAAUAAU